AUAACUGCUGGAACCGUCCGGGCGUUCGUUUGUGUAGGCCAAGAGUAAUUAGAAGGUAAAUUUUAUUAAUUUAUGGGAUUGUUUAUCAAAUAAUAAUACAUUUUCUUAUAGGACAAGUAAUCGGUGAAGUAGAGGGGUGCUGAGUGGUUUUGGUUACUUAUGGCUAACUCGAAUGAUUCGACCCUGACAAAGGUCGAUAGUAACCAGUACAUUAAACAUUCCGAUUACGACUCCGGGGUCUCGAGUGUUGCCGAGCUCAGCGAAUCGUUAAGGGACGGAGAAGAGCCUAGCAAAGUUAAUUUUGGAAUAUGUGAUAGUGGUGCUGAAUCAGACAAAGAGGAAGUUGAAUUUAAAAGACCCAGUGUACUCAUACCAGAUCUGAAGUGGAAGAAAAAGUUAUCAGAAAAUGCCCAAAUAUCGUGCAUUCAGGCAGAAAAAACAGAUUUAAUCAUUGUUUAUCAAACUCCGGAAAAGCAUUGCGUAUCAGUGGUAAACUUUGAUGGAGAGUCUCGAAAAACAUUGUAUACGGGGAAGUCUUUGAGUUGUGUUCGAUUGAAAAGUGGCAACUUGUACAUAAGUGAAGACGAUGAUAGUGGUCUUAUGACCUAUUCCUUGAAAAAAUGGAAGAAAACAGGUAAUUUUAGUCAACCAUGGGGUUUGACGUCAACAAUCAAUGAUAAUUUAAUUGUUUGUGACGCUGACGCCGGUAAAGUGUUCAUUUGUUCAGAGAAAAAACCUUGGCAUAUUAAAAAGACAAUAACGAAUAAAAAUUUCAAAUCACCUUGGUUUGCUUAUGGUUUAAAGAACGGAGGAUUUGUCAUAACUGACAGAUGGGCGCAUAAAUUGUUUAUAUAUGAUUCGAAUGGAAAUUUCCAGAAUGAAUUUGGCUGCUGGGGUAGGUUUAAGGGAGAGCUUCGUUAUCCUGCUGGAAUUUGUGAAGACAAAGACGGCUACAUUUUAGUAGCUGAUUAUGGUAACAACCGAAUAAUAAAGAUAGAUGGAAAGGGACGAUAUAUAGGGCUGCUGUUAGAUAAAAAGGAUAAUAUUGUUCAGCCAUAUUCUAUAGCUAUAAAGGACAAUGAACUUUAUGUUGGACAAGGCAACGGUAGUCUGAAAUGCUUUACGUAUUAUCAUAAUUCUGACUAUCCUGAUUUGUGA